AUGGAAAUUUUCAUGUGCCAGGUUUCGUUGGCUGUUUUUUUCAAUUUCACGACCCACACUUUGGCCAGAGGCACUUGUACUCACCAGUUGGACUUGCAGGGUCAACACACACACACACCACAUCAAGAAACAAAUCAACGCAACCGAAGGAGAAAAAGAAAAGGAAAAAACGCUUUGUUCGCUCAAGUCAAGCAAGCAUCCGAAAAAUUUCAGUCCGUGUGGCUGUUCACCGUCGAUCAUGUUUGGACUCCUUAUCUACAGGACAUUCGCUCUUCUUGGAAACCAUCUCAGAUCUAUAUGGGCAGGAAUGCUGUCAUGAGGUUAGGAUUACGUUCAAAAGAGGAAGAUGAACGCAAGCCUGGGCUAGGCACAACCGGCAAGCUAUUGGAAGGUGAUACCGGUUUAUUGCUCAUGAACAUCCCAGUUUAGACAAGUAGUUUCAGUUCUCCACAUGAACGAAAUCAGCUCAAAGAUAAUAUCAUUAGUCUCUUGAUACCUUGAACGCGAUAUUUGAUGUAGAUAGUCAAGCUGAUUACUAUUCCUCUAUUGACGUUGGGGUCCUGCAGGAUUCACAGACAGAUUGGUUCAAAGGGUAUGGAUUCCUCCACUUCCACCCGGCAUCGAUCAGGACUCGGGAUCUCACAACCAACAGUCCAGCUGGCAAGUUUUGCCGACUCGGCUUAUCAUCAUCAGCCACAAAACCUGGUCUUCAACUCUGGCGAUCGUUCUACUAGCAGUCUUACACCAAGCAAGCUUGCUCCGAAUGAGAAUCCCACCUGGAUCAAAUGUGUUGUGGAAUUCUCUCAAUCUAAUGCCAAUUCGACCGGCAUCCAAUCUCGGCCGAUGCAGCAAGCACAUCAACAUAAGCUAACCCCGGAACAAUUUGUUCUAUUUAAUAGGCUUGAAACAUACACUUGGGGGCAGUGUGACAGCUGUUUCCAGAUAGUGUAUCAUCCUCAAACUUAACUUGAUUUAUAUCAGGGGAUUUUUUUUCAAACUUGAUUACAGUGUGACUGCAGUUUUUCUGUAUAGAAUUAUCUGAGCCUCAUACUUCUAGAUAGCAAGAUUUAUUUUUCCUGGUGACAUGUGAUAAAGGACAAAUGUUUCAUCAGGGGCCAACCACCCCUGUCAGUGACAUGUGUUUUUUACUCACACAUCAGUGAAACAUUUACCAACAGUUUCCCAGUACACCAUCAUCUCAAACUCAAC